AUGGAGACAAACAUCCUUGACAUGAAUGAAAAAGGCACCAUGCAGAAUUUGAAUGACCGCCUGGCUGCCUACCUGGACAGGGUACGCUCUCUUGAGGAAGCUAAUGCUCAGCUGGAGCAGAACAUCCGGGAGACCUAUGUGAAGCAAGCAUCAGCUGGGGGUCCGGACCUGAGCGGUUAUUUCAACAUCAUCACAGAGCUGAAGUCUAAGAUCCAACAGGAGACCUUGACAAAUGCUGGGCUGCUCUUACAGAUCGAUAAUGCCAAACUUGCUGCUGAUGAUUUCAGAGUGAAGCUGGAAUCUGAGCUGGCUGUGCGCCUCUCCGUGGAGGGGGACCUCAGCGGGCUGCGCAAGGCCCUGGAGGAGCUCAACGCAAGCCGAGCUAGUUUGCAGGUGCAAGUUGACAACCUCGAAGAGGAACUGGCCUGCCUCAAGAGGAACCACAAGGAGGAAGUGGCCUCUCUCCAGGGAAGGCUUGGGGGCACCAUCAACGUGGAAGUGGACUCCAUGCCUGGUGCUGACCUACAGAAAGUCCUGGCUGAGAUCCGUGAUCAGUAUGAGGACGUAAUGGAGAAGAACCGCCAGGAAGCUGAGGCAUUGCACAAAUCCCAGAUUGAUGCACUCAAUCAGGAGGUUGCUGUCAAUACCGAAGCUCUCCAGGCUGCUCAGCUGAAGGUCACAGAGCUGAAACGUUUGGCCCAGGCUUUAGAGAUUGAGCUCCAGUCCCUCCGGAGUAUGAAAGUUGCCCUGGAAGGCACCCUGGCUGAGACCGAAUCCCGCUACGGGAUGGAGAUAUCGCGGCUGCGUGAUCUUGUCGCUGCCAGGGAGGCAGAGCUGCUGCAGCUCAGAUUGGAUGCCCAGCGCCAAGCAGAGGACUAUAAGCGGCUUAUGGACAUUAAGAACAGACUGGAACAGGAGAUUGCCACUUACCGGCGCCUUCUCGAAGGGUCAGAAGGUGAGCCACUGGCUUCUCCAGAGCCCACCUCCAGCCGCCGGGUGAAGACCCUCAUUGAAGAGCUGGUGGAUGGCAAGGUGGUGUCCUCUCGGGUGGAGGAGGUGGAGCACCAGCUCUGAAUGAUGCCGGCUUGGCCACAGAAGGGGCAGCAGAGUGGUGGCAGUGGCGGGUGGUGGGACGGAGAGGGAAGAGAGA